CAUCACAACAGUGUAUGCCUGGGUAGCGUCUGCUGUUACCCCGUCUCGAUUACUACAGUUAGGCAACCUCUGAACUGCAUCCGCUAUGUUCCGUCUCAUGCGUAGCCGUUUGUCGCUCUGACCGAGCCGAGUGCGACGACUUUGUUUCCCCCUCGAUUUAAUAUUUUAAUUAAUAUUAAAGAACACUAUGGUGGAGCAGUCGGAUCGCGCUCCGUUGCUGGACUGGGAGGAGGUUCCCCCGGCCGAACUUCCCCCAUCGGUUCCGUCGCCGGAGUCAGAGGAUUCAUUGCAGUCCGGUGUAUCGAGUUUACUGUCCUGGGGCUGUGUAGGGGCAGAACUCUCCUCGAACACAAGCCCGGUGAGACCGAAUAAAGUAACAGCUGUUUUAGGUGAAAGUGCACGUUCCCCCUAUAAACAGAGCGGCCCGGGAGGAGAUGCUUCUGCCACGGAUGAGGAGGGAGACUGCGCAUUGCAUGGACUGUCAGUCAGAGACCGGAGGAUCAAUGGAUGGGAGGAAAAAGAUCAGAUUGUUGCCGUGUUUGUUGUGACUUUCGACACGAGAUCGGGGAACAUGAUAGAAUGGUGCCUACCUCAAGAUGUGAACCUGGAGGGAGUCGAAUUCAAGUCCAUGGCCAGUGGCUCCCAUCGGAUCUCAAGUGACUUCAUAUACUUCCGUAAAGGCUGUUACUUCGGACUAGCGUGCUUUGCCAACAUGCCCGUGGAAAGUGAGCUGGAACGAGGGGCACGGAUGAAGUCUGUAGGGAUUUUGUCUCCUUCGUACACACUAUUGUACCGUCACAUGCACUUCCUGGAGAACCAGGUCCGGCACCAGCUGCAGUGUCCAGGCCAAUACUCUCCACUGGAAGCUUUCUAUGAGGAUAAAAAGGCAGUGUUGCCCCCAGGAGGGAAUGGUUUGAUCACGGCCUGCCCAACCAACUCUAUUGGGCCUAUAGUCAACCGCUGUAUGCAUCCAGAGAUGAAGAUCACACACCCGGCUGGCUGCAUGUCCCAGUUCAUCCGCUUCUUUGGAGAGCAGAUCAUGGUGCUGUGGAAGUUUGCUUUGCUCAGGAAACGGAUCCUCAUUUUCUCUCCUCCCCCUGUCGGCGUGGUCUGCUAUCGGGUGUACUGUUGCUGCUGCCUUGCUAAUGUGUCCAUUCCUGGGAUGGGUGUCUUAGUUCCGGAGUUGCGCCCCUUCUUCUACGUCAAUGUGGCUGACAUUGCAGCUCUUGAGACAGAGCUAUCUUAUGUUGCCUGUACAACAGAGAAGAUCUUUGAGGAAAAGAAGGAGCUAUAUGAUGUCUACAUUGAUAACCAGAAUGUAAAGACACACAGAGAGAGCCUUCAACCUCUACUUAGACUCAACAAUGCUGAUAGAGCGAAGUAUCGCAAACUCUGUGAGCAGAGGCAGUUGCUGCUGUACUCUCAGGAAGUGGAUGGAGACUGCACAUCUAAUGAGGAGGACCUCUUCAUUCUGUUCUUCAUGGAGCAAAACAACCGAAUCUUCCAGACCCUGUCUGAGGUGGCGGGAAGCGCUGAUCCAACCCUGACGGCUGAGCAUGUGAGAGCCAUGGGGCUGGAUCCUCACAGUGAUCGCAGCUUUCUCGUCGACCUGCUGGAGGUCUACGGCAUCGAUGUCAUGCUGGUUAUCGACAACCCCUGCUGCCCGAGUCAUUCCUGACCCUCCUGGAUUACACUGUUGCUGCCAACACCUACAAUGCCGGUGCAAUCUACCUGCAGGCUUUUUGUGCACUCUGCAGCAAGUCAAUCCGUGAAGUCUUUCUGCUUAUCUGUCUGUCUGUGUGCUUUAUCCUUCCAGCCUGGAUUUCCUCACAAAUCAGCCUAAGAUUUUAUCCAAAACGUGAUGAAACUAAUCUCUGUGCCUCUCUCUCUACUGCUUUUCAAUGUGUGGUCUUCAGUUGUGACUUUCUUCUUGCCAGUGCUGUCUUGGGCAGCUGAUGUGAUGUCUCCAGUGGGUAUAAAUCUGCUUCACAUGGACCCCAGAGAGUCAAUGACAUCCCCAAUCUAUCAAGAGAUCAUCUCUAUUCUGGAUUCGCCUUUUUCUUGCUGGUAACAACGGUUUGGUAAUGCCUGCCUUGAAUGUCAUAUCUGUAUUUCUAAUAGUUUUAUGGUUAAUGCUUAUUACACACUACUGUGAUGGUGAUGAUUUUCACAAUCUGUACUGUUCAUGUACAUUGUUUUGAAAAAACAGGCAUCGGUCAGUGUUUUUCUUGUUUUCCUCCUACAGUGAGGUUUAUUUUUGAUCCAUUAUGCAUGGACAAAUGAACACAAUCAGUUUUGAUUCAUAAAGAGCUGUAUUUUGGAGUGUUUGUGGAUUGCCUAAAGAGAAAUGAAUCUCAUCUCAGUGCCCAAGUGUUAUUUGAUGACUGACUCUUGAUACUCCUUUUUUUUUAAUCGACAAAAACAGACAAUGUUGUCUACUCUCAUUCAAUGUAAUUACACUGAAUGGGUCUUGUUGUACUAAAAAUUAUGGAAGCUGAGCAAAAAACGUGUGUUAAUGAUGGACAGGCCUUUAAUCACUAUCACUUUUGGUACUGAAUGUAAAUUGUACAUUUUCAAUCCACUGGUUGCACGUAUGAUGUUAAACAGACACAGAAAUGUUAUGUUAUACAAAUUGCUCUAAGGAAAUGAAUGAUUCAAUUUCUAUCUUUGUCAUCAGCGAAUGCUCUAUUACUUGUGAAAUUCACUUAAUCAAUUUGUCUAUUUAUAUACUUGGGUUUUUUAUUUAAAUAUAUCUGGGUUGAUCAUUGCUGGAUAACAGCAGCAGACUGGCCUCAAGAGGCUGACUGAUUGUGGGUUUGUAUGUUGUUGUUUCUGGAGCCAUAUCCUGUGAAAACUCUAACUGGACACUGAACUGUUCAAAUGAUUCAUAAAACGGUAUUAAUCUAGGUGAAAUUUCUAUGAAGUAUUUGCUUUGUCCUUUCCGUUUACAUUUCCAUCCAUCCACUGUCUAUGUUGUCUAGGUUGAAAUACAGAUAUGUGACAAAAUUACCCAUAGUGAGGGCGAGUGCACCAAAAGUCUUGAAAAUGAGUGCAGGCACUCAGGUUUGGUACUGUUUGAUAGGUAAAAUUACAAUUAAUACAAUAUUUAAAGCUGAAGAGUGUCAUUUCUGUGCCACUAGCUCCACUGAACAGAAUAGCAUAAAUAAACACUGUCUUUUAAAACAGAUUUCUGAACAUGCCCUAUGUCUCCCUGUGGUCGAACAAACAGACAGUCCCACCCCCAACUCACGGCAUUGGUUGAGUCAAUGUUGUUGAGUCAAGCUGGAUGGGCUGCUCAAAACAAACAGGAAUUUUCAUAGCAUCACAGUAAACAAAUAAAAACCUACAAAUGGCCUACUUAUAGUUGUCUCUGCAUAUUAAGCUGGGAUAGGAGAAAAUAUUUUAACACUGAAAAGAUUACAUAGUUCCGCUUCAAGUUAACAAAAUAAUGUGUUGCUUCUCGCCCAGUCAAUUUUAAGGAUAUAAUGGUUAAAUGUGGAUUUUUUUCCCCCUCAUUUCUUAUCAGAGAAAUUAAGAUAAACCUUUCCUCUGUAUUCAACUCUUACAUAUUUUUUUGGAAACAUCCUCUUUUUGGAAGAAGAUUGAUUGUUUAGUGUCCUCCUAUUGUAAAUAAAUGGAGAAUGUAUAUUUAGCAGCCAUGUAACAUAAUUGUACAGGUUGAAUUGUCUGGUAUUGUGUAUGUACGAUAAAUAAAUUUUUUGUGAGUUAUCUAAGUGUUACACCAAGUCUUUGUCACAAUAACAGGCUAAAUGAAUGUUAAGUUUUACUCUACCAGUAUUGCCAAGCACUACUGUAACGCCUGUCUUACACACUACCUAUAAUUAAUACAAACUUAAGCAUGUGUUUGUUGUUUUCAAGCCAGUGAUUCUUAUUCACUUCCAAUUUUAAAUAAAUGGUUCCUUCUUUUAUACCA